GAACGUGACACCGGCACUUUCAAAGAACUGCCGCCCCCAUGUGCCUCCUGUUUGAUGGUUUUAUUCUGGUUAAGUUAGUUAUCUGCUGUCUUCCUCCAUUAAAAUACGCGCCGAGGUGUGAGAAGAGAAAAAAGGGAAGGCAAUGGCCUCAGGGGAUAUUGCUCAGAUUACAGAUGCUCUGGCCAAAACUCAUGUUGGAGAAGUGGAGUUAAGUUAUAAGGGACGAGGGCUGAAGCUGGACAAUGCAGAGUCGGUGAAAGAGAUUGUGGAGGGGAUUGAACGGUGUCAGGGUCUGCAGUCUCUCCGGUUAGAGGGAAACACAUUGGGCGUUGAAGCAGCAGAGGCCAUUGCGAAGUCUCUUGAAGCUAAACGUGAACUGGAGCAAUGUCAUUGGAGUGACAUGUUUACAGGCCGCCUUCGCUCUGAAAUUCCACCUGCUCUGAAAUCACUGGGCAAUGCUUUGACGACAUCAGGGGCUCGAUUGACCCAGCUGGACCUGAGCGACAACGCUUUCGGCCCUGAUGGAGUAAAGGGAAUCGAAAACCUCCUGAAGAGCUCUGCAUGCUACACCUUACAGGAGCUCAGGCUUAAUAACUGUGGCAUGGGCAGUGGAGGAGGGGUGGUCCUUGCUUCUGCAUUGACUGAAUGCCAUAAGCAGUCAAGUGCUUCUGGUUCCCCACUGAGGUUAAAAGUCUUCAUAGCUGGACGUAAUCGCCUGGAGAAUGAUGGUGCCACUGCACUUGCCAAAGCAUUUAAGUUAUUGGGCAGCCUUGAAGAGGUCCAUAUGCCACAGAAUGGAAUCAAUCAUCCUGGUAUCACUGCUUUAGCUGCUGCCCUGAAGCACAACCCAAACCUUCAGGUGCUCAACCUUAACGACAACACAUUUACUACAAGAGGAUCCAAAGCUAUGGCAGAGGCCAUUAGACACCUCCAAUGUCUUAAGGCCAUCAAUUUUGGGGACUGUCUAGUGCGCUCAGAAGGUGCCAUUGCUAUAGCAGGGGCCCUUAGAGAGGGACUGCAUCUGCUCAGGGAGUUGAAUUUGUCAUUUGGGGAGAUUUGUGAAGCUGCAGCAAUGGUGGUUGCAAAGGCUGUCCAGGGCAAAGCUGAUUUGGAGAAACUAGACCUUAAUGGAAACUGCUUUGGAGAAGAUGGCUGUGAGGCUCUUAAGGAAGCGAUGGAGAAAAUGAACAUGGAGGAUCUGCUCGGCUCACUUAGUGAUGAUGAAGGAGAGCCUGAUGAAGAGGACUAUGAUGAUGAUGAGGAAGAAGAGGAAGAUGAUGAUGAGGAGAAAGAAGACAAUGAUGCUGAGGAAAAUGGUGUAAAUGGAACAAAAGAUGUAAUUGAGGAAAAGGAGGAGCCUCACCACAGUUCUGAGCUCAAAUCCUUCCUCGUCUCUCCAUCAGCUGAGAAACUGAUCUCGCUUGGAGCCAAAAAGGUCCAGCUCAUUGAACAGCAGGUUGAUGUUUCAGAUGCAAAUAAAGUGUCAGAAGUUUUCCUGAAGAUCUCGUCAGUAUAUAAAGAUGAACCAGAAGUAAAGCAAGCUGUUUUUGAGACCUCUGAUGCCCUGUUGAGGAAGACCUUCUCCAACUCCCACUCUCAAUCUUAUAGUUUUAUCUCCUCUCUGAUGGUGAACCUGGGACUUUUAAAGAGUGAAGAUAAGAAGAUGAAGAAAGUAUGUGUACUGCCUGGACAUUUGCUCACAUUGGAGCAUGCGGUCUCACAGGAGUUUUUCCCAGCGGAUCAGGCUGGAGUUCUGGAAUCCUUUGUGUCACGAAAUGGUGCAGUCUUCGAAUCCUGCUGCAGUGCCAGAGAUGCUCUCAAGAUCACACUGGUGAAAAGGAUCACUGCUUAAUUCUUAACCCUCAACACAGAGCCACUGAAAUCACUUAAUACGGGUCUAAAAACUUGACAUGAAACUCUUAUAAACUAACGAUUAGUUUUUCAUUGAUCAGUCAAUCCUGGAUUUUUGGCAUGCAAACCUCAAAGUACAGUGAUGACUAGUGCCUCAUGACUGACACAACCUGAAAUGAACAGUAAACUAUCAGAUUGCUUUCAAUAAGAGUGUUGUGUUCUUUCAUCUCUUUUUAGAAAUAUUGCUUUUAUUUUUAUACGUACAGUAAAGGGAAAUAGGGAAAAGGCACUGGAUGAUAAUUAGAGCUUAAUUAUCGCUUCAUUAUAGUGUUUUAACUAUGGCACUUUUGAACAAUUGUCAUUACUUUAAGUUCACAUUUAAAGUGAGUGUAAAGCAUGUUCACCUUCUGCCCUUUUGUGAAAUAUUGGUGGUGGAGUUAGGACAACAUCUAAGAGUCUUUGGAUUGAAGUGAAAAAAGGAGUGAAAGUGAAGUCAAGUUAAAUGUUUGGGCAUUAGUAUAUUUAAUACUACAACUGGUUUGCACUGAAUAUUGUUAUAUUUGCAACAUUCCAUUUUGUUGACAAUAAAACAUUUUUUCUU